GGGUUUUGGCGUAGAUUCCCCACUGAUCGAGGGAUUUUUUUUAUCCCCCUUUUUUUUUUCCUUUUUUUUUGGGGGGGGGGUUGCCACCGUCUUCUCGUUUAGGGCAUUCUUAUUAAUUAGUAUCAUUUUAAACCACAGAAUCGGAUCCGGUUCUACGGUGCGGACUGGGGGACCGGUGGGUGUGUGUGUGUGCGAGUGUGUGUGGAGGGGGGUGGCUGGUGGUGCUGGUGGUGGUGGUGCUGGUGGUGAUUGGGGGGGGGGGUGUAGAAACAGCCAGAGUUCCAUUUUGGAACGUUCGCGCAGUGUCUCCGCGUUCCAAACCCGUGUCUCCGCGUUCCAAAGCCCCGGUGCAAGGAAAAGACUUUACCAAACGCUGUGAGUGAGAGAGGAAAACUUCAGAUCUCUGAUGCACUGGUGUCCCCAGAGUCUAAUUGCAGAAGGUUCCCAGGAUGUAAGCAAUACAGCACCAAUAUAAUGUGGUCUGACGUGUUUAGUGGAUGAAGCUGACAGGAGCCAUUUUCUGAGCUGAAAUCCUUCUGAAAACGUAAACACUAGACCUGAACGUUUGAAGGAAGCCAAAGCCAUUUCAAAAGCAAAGUCCUUCUGGAUCAUUCCCCACAUUUUACUGUUUCCCCCCCCCCCAAAAAAAAUUAAAAUAAGACAUUGCACACCAGACAGAUACUAUGGCAAGCAAGAGAAAAUCAACAACUCCGUGUAUGGUCCGGACGUCCCAAGUAGUAGAACAAGAAGUCCCCGAGGAUGUUGACAGAGGCAAAGAUAAAGAAAUCGGAGUUCCCCAGCCUGACUCUGGUAAAGAUGGUUGGGCCACGGAGCCUGAGAGCUCUUCCAAAGAAAGUGAAUUGAUGGAGGUGAAGUCAACAUCAGAGAGCCAAUCCAAAAAACUCCAGGGGGGUUAUGAAUGUAAAUACUGCCCAUACUCUACACAAAACCUGAACGAGUUCACGGAGCACGUGGACAUGCAGCAUCCCAAUGUGAUCCUCAACCCACUCUACGUGUGCGCAGAAUGUAACUUCACCACCAAAAAGUAUGAUUCCUUGUCCGACCACAAUGCCAAGUUCCACCCUGGGGAGACAAACUUCAAGCUGAAGUUGAUUAAACGCAAUAACCAAACUGUUUUAGAACAGUCCAUCGAAGGAUCCAACCAUGGUGUGACCGUCAGUGGCGGCAACCUGGGGAGCGGCGACAGUGACCCCGGGAUCUCUAUGAGUAAGACACCUAUCAUGAAACUGGGGAAACCCAAAACUGAUGCCAAGAAGGCGCCCAGGAAACCAGAAGAAAGUGGUUCUGAUAACCACGUGGAAGGGAACACCACUGCCCGGGUGGUGACAGAGGCUGCCGAGGCUUUCGCAAGGCUUAACAGCAUUGAACUGCUCCAAGACUCACUAGGGCACGUGAUGCCUUCUGUACAGCUACCACCAAAUAUUAAUCUUGUCCCCAAGGUCCCCGUCCCAUUGAAUAGUACCAAAUAUAACUGUGCCCUGGACACCAAUGCCACCAUGAUUAAUUCCUUCAACAAGUUCCCUUACCCAACACAAGCUGAACUGUCAUGGUUGACAGCUGCCUCCAAACACCCUGAGGAACACAUCAGAAUCUGGUUUGCCACCCAGCGCUUGAAGCAUGGUAUAAGCUGGUCUCCAGAAGAGGUAGAAGAGGCGAGGAAGAAGAUGUUUAAUGGGACGAUCCAGUCAGUCCCCCAGACGAUCACUGUGUUGCCAGCUCAGUUGGCAUCCACCAAGAUGUCCCAGCCCAUCAUCCAGACUGCUUUACCUUGCCAGAUCCUUGGCCAGACCAGUCUUGUUUUGACCCAAGUGACUAAUGGAUCGACAGUUUCGUGCUCCCCCAUCACGCUUGCUGUCGCGGGGGUGACCAAUCACGGCCAGAAGAGACCUUUACCAAAUCUCCAAGCAGCUCCAGAGCCCAAACGGGCCCAUGUGGCCCAGGUUCCUGAGCCACCACCAAAGGUAACCCCCACUGUGCUGCCCCCAACGAAUGAUCGGAAAAAGACAAAAGAACAGAUAGCUGAACUGAAAGCAAGCUUCCUCCAGAGUCAGUUCCCUGAUGACGCAGAAGUCUACCGGCUCAUCGAGGUCACCGGCCUCGCCAGGAGUGACAUCAAGAAAUGGUUCAGCGAUCACCGAUAUAGGAGCCAAAGGGGCAUCGUGCAUAUCACCAGCGAGUCCCUCGCCAAAGACCAGUUGGCCAUCGCGGCUGCCCGGCAUGGACGUUCCUACCAUGCAUACCCAGACUUUGCCCCACAAAAAUUCAAAGAAAAAACACAGGGUCAGCUUAAAGUUCUGGAAGAUAGUUUCAUGAAAAGUUCUUUCCCCACCCAAGGAGAACUGGAUCGGCUCAGAUCAGAAACCAAGCUGAGCAGGAGAGAAAUUGAUACCUGGUUUUCAGAGAGGAGAAAGCUUAGGGAUAGCAUGGAGCAAGCUGUGUUAGACUCCAUGGGAUCCAGCAAAAAGGGCAAAGAAGCAGCAGUCCCCAAUGGUACUUUAUCUCGGCUAGACCAGCUUUCUAGUGCCCAGCUGGCCAGUUCUCUCUCCAGCCCCUCCCCAGCAAUGAUGAAGAACCAGGAACAAAUACACCUCCUGAAGAGUACAUUUGCAAGAACCCAGUGGCCCACCCCACAGGAAUACGACCAGUUAGCAGCAAAAACUGGUCUGGUCAGAACUGAAAUUGUGCGUUGGUUCAAAGAGAACAGAUGUUCAUUAAAGACUGGAACCUUAAAAUGGAUUGAUCAGUACCAACAACAACAUGCUAUGGAUGGCCACAGUAAUGAGUCCGUCCUGAGAAAGGGAGCACCGCACCUCGCUGAAAGUCCAAAGAAUGGGGGUGAGAUAGUUCAGCAAUAUUUCAAGGACCACAAAAAGCUGAGUGAAGAGGAUUUGGACAAACUGGUGACCAGGGCAAAAGUGGGUUGCGAAAAGACCAAAGACUCCUUGCCGGGCAAGACAACAGAGGCCGCUUCGGACAGAUCUGAAGGUAACAGCCGGGAUGGUCAUGGCAGUGAUGAGAAUGAGGAGUCUGAUGUUGUGGACUGGGUAGAGGUGACGGUUGGGGAGGACGAUGGCAUCUCAGACUGUACAGAUAGCUGGAGUCAAGCAGCACCAGAGGGUCGAGCGGAGUCGACCAAUUAUGAUUCUGAUUCUGAAGGUGUAACUGAAGACACUGGCCACGUUUAGACAGAGAAACCAGUCAGACCUACUAUCCCGAUCAUUAGUGGGGCUCUGUCUGUGAAGAGAGCAGAGAACUUCACUCUUCCUGCCAUUGGACAAGAUCGCCAAGGACCGCUGACUCCAAGUUGAGCUGCCCUGGGGUCUGCCUUGCCAUGGCCUCCACCCCCAAGGAGCACUCAUCGGAUGGAAUUGUUCAUAGUGCCAAAGUCCUACUACUGCAUUUUCAAAGGGUCCUUGUAAAUAGAUUGCUCCUCCCUUCCCCGCCCUCCCCUCCCCACCCCAUUCUCAUGCCCUCAACCUCUUGCGAUACUGGAAUUGAUUUGUACAACGUGGCCAUUUUGUUACCUUUUUAAAUCGGCUCGAGUUGCUUUUACAGAUCAUAUGCUUGCAAGGUUUUUUGGGGGAGGCUGGUAAUGUGUGCUUUUAUUUUUUUUUCCUUUUUUUCUCUUCUAUUUUUUUUCUUGGUUUUUGUUUUUAGAAUUAGCAACCACUAUAUCUGCAUCUGGGUUUGGAGGGACUCUCAUGAUUUUGUUUCAUUUUUUAGACCUAGUUUGAAAAGGGGGGAGAUUUUCCAAUGGGGUGUGCAGAGAAAUCUCCUUUUAGUUUACCCCAGAGGUAGCUUAUAAUCAGAGCAGCCUCAAACCCAGCCCUAGCCCCCUUUCCUUCCCAGCUGUUUGCAUGGGACUCCCUGCUGUAAGCUCUCCAUAAAAGGCUUUCUGCACUGCUGGGAGCGGGGGCUGAUUGCCUAACUACUGUAUGUCCCCAGCCAAGCUCUUGGCCCAGCGGGCAUCCCAAGAGCUGCAUGGCAUGCACCUGUCCUUUUUAAGCACCUUUUUAUAUAAAAGGAGGAAGGGCUCCAGUGUUUCUUAGGAUUUUUUUUUCUAAGAUGGAAUUCAUCAUAUGUAGAUGGUACCAAGAUGAACUGGAGGAAAAACUCCAGUGUUUCUUAGGAUUUUUUUUCAAAGAUGGAAUUUAUACUUGGAUCGUACCAAGAUGAACUGUUUGGGGUCUUGUUUUUUUCUUAACUGCCUUUUUGUGGGUGUGAUAAUUGACAAGAUCUCUGCAUAAGCCUUCACCGUUAUCAUUUUUUAAAGCAAUUUUAGAUCCCUGAGUGCACUUUUUUCAAAUGCCCCUAACUUGGAAAAAUAAAAUGAAAGAUAUCUCCUGUAAAUGUUGCAGUAUGAAUAGUUGUGUUGGCAAACUUUCCCCCCACCCCCACCCCCUACUUCAGCACACCGCACAAAUCAGAACGUCUAGGGAGUGUGGAUAAAACCAACUUUUAUAACUUGUUGCUCAUUUGUUGUAACUCAAUAAAACAAAGACUAAACAUUUUUAUAA